CAGAAAGAUGGCGGAUGUGGUCAUGGGCAGAGACAAGUGACAGGAGAAGUGCCUCCUGUCGCUGCCCCUGUCCUGCAUCUGGGUCAUCAUGAAGAGCUCACCUGAGGUGUCCAGAAUCAAACAGGAAGCACUCAUGCUCACGGUUAAUGCUAUGGAACUCUUUGUUCAAUAUCUAGCCACCUAUUCCUACAGACAUGGCAGUGGAAAAGAAAAGAGCACUUACAAUGAUUUAUUAAAUACUGCAGAAGAAUCAGAAACUUUCCAAUUUCUAGCAGACAUAUUAUCCAAGAAGAUACCAGCCAGUAUAUAUCUAAAAAUACUUAAGUAGAAGAGAGAAGAGGAGGAGGGGAAUAACAAUGUUGAUGAAAGUGAUGAUGAAGCAGAAUCCUACACCCCAAACAAAAUUCUUUUCAAGUCCACCUAGUGAGGAGGAUCCUGGAUUAGCCCAGCCUUCA